CCACGUAAAACACAUGCAAGAACAAAGAUGUCACAGAAUAAGCCUCAUCCACAGAAAUGAUUCCAUUUAGACUUCAAAGGCACGAAGGACUUCAUGCUGGGCACAGUUUCUACAAAUGUAAGCAAUGCGUGGGCUCAGUGAGCUUUGAGGACGUGGCUGUGCACUUCACCCAGGACGAGUGGGCUCUGCUGGAUCCUUCCCAGAGGAGUCUGUACAGGGACGUGAUGCUGGAGACCUGCAGGAGCCUCGCUGCUGUAGGAAGCAGAUGGGAAGAGGAGAAUGUUGAAGACCGUUGUAAAAAUCCUGGGAGAAAUAUGAGAGGUUCCAUGAUAGAGACGCCCUGUGAGAGGACAGAGGAUGAUCAGGUUGAAGAAACUCUGACACGGAUACCAGAUCUCCACACAAGCACGACAGCUUCUCCAGGACUGACGCCAUAUGAAUCCAGUGGAUGUGGAAAGGCUUCGAUGAGGCCUCCGUCCUCUGAGAGGCGUGCCUCGGCUCUCCCUCGUUAUAAACCACAAGAACGUGAGGAUUGUGGAGCCAAGCAAUACGGCUUGAAUUCUCUCACCUGCUUUCAAAGGUGUACGGAAGCCCACACUGGGAAUGGGCCUUGUGAAUGUGAGGUAUGCGUGAAAUCUUCCUGUUUUCCAGAUACAUUAGGAGUACAUCAAGAGGCUCACAGUGGAAAGACACCCUAUCAAUACAAGGAGUGUGGAAAGACCUCUGUUUAUGCCCAUGGAGGAAGCCGCACUAUGGGGAGGUUUUAUGAAUGUAACAUAUGUGGUAAAGCUUUGAGUUCCUCCACUUCCCUUCAAAGACAUGUAAUAAUUCAUACCGAAAGACUCUACGAGUGCACAUAUUGUGGUAAAGCUUUUAGAUAUCCCAAAUACCUUCGAUUACAUGAGAGAAUUCACACUGGAGAGAAACCCUAUGAGUGUAAACAGUGUGGGAAGGCCUUCAGAUUUCCCGGUGCCUUGCCAUUACAUGAAAAAAUUCACACAGGAGAGAAACCCUAUGAGUGUAAACAGUGUGGGAAGGCCUUCAGAUUUCCCGGUUCCUUGCCACUACAUGAAAAGAUACACACUGGAGAAAAGCCUUACGAGUGCGAGCAGUGUGGGAAGGCCUUCAGACGGCACAGUCAUCUUCAGCUACAUGAGAAAAUCCACACUGGAGAGAAACCCUAUGAGUGUAAACGGUGUGGGAGAGCCUUCAGACGGCACAGUCAUCUUCAGAGACACGAACGGACUCAUGCUGGGGACAAACCCUACGAGUGUAAAUGACAUGGCUGAAGCCCUUACAUUGCUUAGUUAUCUUCUGCUACAUGAAAGCAUUCACACUGGAGAAGAGAAGUGCUGUCGGUGUAAACAGUGUUGGGAAGCCUUACGCUUACAUGACAUCGGUCUUAUUAGCUGCAAACCCUACGAAGUAGACACUGACGAAGUCUUUAGAUGGGAUUAUCAUCUUCCGUUUCAUAAAAUAAUCACCCUGCAGGGAGCUGUGUGAACGUGGACAUUGUGUUGAAGCUUUUAGGUGUUGCACUCCACAGGGACGACUCACGCUGGCAGGGCCACACCCCGAGGUGUUCUGCGGUAGAAAGUAUUUAAAUCCCAGCCCAGGGUUUCUACCCCACCUUUGCUCUUUAAGCUCCUGGAUGAAAGACACAUACAACCUUUUUAUUUAUAAUAAGCCUUAAGCAACACAAGAGCAGGCCAGAUACUGCUCUCCACACUGUUGGCAUUACUUUCCUAUGACAAACCCGAGUUAUUGCUUACUGUAUACUGUGUUUCAUCUGGGCUGCUCUGAACUCCAAUUGGCCAGCCCUCAGGGACACAUUCUCCUGACUCCCAACUCAUGGCAGCUUCUCCUUCCUCCUCCUGCACUCUUCUUCCUCCUUGUGGUCCCUCUCUAACUCUAAGCCCACAAAACCUAACCCCCACGUAUGUCCCUUUUGCCCAACUAUUAACCUCUUUAUUCACCAAUCAAACGUAACUUGGAGACAAAAUCACUGUCUCAUCGCCGAGACAACCAUUCUUAAGGGUCCCAAAUUAACAUUAAAAUACAAACAACAUUGGACCAACUCACUAAAGUGUUCUUCAGCUAUGAUAUAACUCACAUGUGAGAAAAACUAUAAACAUAUUAUAUAUGCAUAUAUAAUUCUCAUCUGUGUAGGGCAGAUCUCUUCAGGUCUUUCAUACUCCAUAAAACCCUAAGAAUGUAAACAGUUGGACAAGGCAUCGCCUGUCACAGUUUCAGCAACAGUGUCACGUGGGGCUUUUAACUGGGGAGACGUGAAAUAAUAAUUACUUACCUGGUAAAGCAGUGAUCCUGUUGGGGUUACUUACAGCACCACAGACAACUCACAAACCUGCGCAUCACCAAACCACCCACGCCAGCUUGAGUGUUGACUACACCCCUAGCGACCUGCACAACUUGGAGGGAACCCAGCUGGCAGUCUCUACUGUCAGCAGUGGUUUACUGGUCCAUAACCCCGAGGAGGUACUCCGAAUGUUUUAAGCCUUAGCUCUCUGGGACUUACUAGAUAAAUCAUUGGCCUCCUGAGUCUGAGGAGCCUUCCUCCUUCCUCCUAGGACAAUGUUUCAAUGUAGCUGGACACUCAUCCAUCCUUUCCUGUGAUUCCUACUUUUUUUUUUUAAAUCACCUUUUGAGUCUGGGGGGGGGGUGAUGCUGAUAUCAGAAAUUUCACUGGUGGUUAUAAAUCCCCACACACAUCAUUGUAGAAAGUUGUUUGCUCCCAGGGCGAACUGCAGAUAACAAUGACAGUGCUCCCUGUGCAGACAUUUGAGGCAUUUUGUUAGACACCUCACUUCUGUCAAUUAAAACAGUAGCAGUUA